AUGAAGGUUGCUUGCUGUAUGCUGCUGUUAACGAUUGCGCAAAUCAAAGGAACGGCAGGUGAGCAGAUUUUUUAGUAAUUACCGUUUCAUUUGAAUGUUGUAGUUAAUAGUAACCAUAAUCAUACCAAUGAAACUUCGAAAGUUGGGUGCCUCUUUCGCUGUUUUGGAAUUUAAUUACUCUAUUAUUAUGAUAUGGCAUCGUUUCCAUGUCUUUAAGUGCUUCUAUUAAAGGUUACUUAUGGCCUCUAUCCGUAACAAACGAAAAAAACCUUUUCGCUCGUAAACACAAGUAUCACUGCUCUGAUCUUCUCUUUUCCUCGCAUAUUUCGGAUUACGAUCGGAGCUCUACGUUCGAAUGAAUUAUGCGGAGCGAAAGUGGAAUUAACUUUAAGACUGAUAUGUUUAGACAGUCAUACGCUUACGGACACACUUUAGUAACUUUGCAAUUAGGUUAAAAAGGAUUUUUUACAGUCAGAAUGUUGAUUAUCACAAGGAUACAACCAGGGAGAAACUGUGUCGGUAUCACAAGUCUGAUCUUUAAGCUUUCCCAAGUGAGCACGGCCGUCUCUUACGACAAACGUUCUCGAUAAGCGAUGGAAUUAUUAUGUCUCUUGUUCAUACGCAAACCAUUACUAGCACUGACGAGGCAUGUGUGUGAAUAAAGUUAGUUCAAAAGGGCUUAAGGGUUUACAUGAAUAGCAAAUAACGAUUCGACAUUACGUCGUGUCUUGUAUGUAGCAAAUUGUUUCCCAAUUAUAUGCGUUUUAAGUUAAAACAUACUAUCAGAUGAUAACAUAAUCAAAUCGCAAGCUAUGUCGAAUGAAACAAAGAAACACGGCCCAGCCGUUUGUGGUGUUUGACAGAACAGCUUUGGAAUUGGAAAGUUUCCAUUGCGGCUAGUUAGAGUAUCUGUUUAUUUAAGGUUAAAUGCCAUCUAAAACUCCAACCUCCAACUUAAAAAAUGGAUUUCUCAGCCGCGAAACAGAUAGUCUCGACUGGAAAAGAUUACGUAUCGAAAAUCACUUUGAGGAAGAAUUUUUCCUAAGCGGAUCAGUGGACUUAAUUACUUUCCUUUGUGUCAAAUUCUGUUUAUGUUAGUCUAAUGUUGUUUUUGUUUUCGUAGCAUCUAUGACAUCACAAGUUAAUUUACUCACGUAAGCGUUGACAGUGCAUAUGAAGUGACAUAUAGCAAAAUGUGUUUGUUUUUUGACAGAGAGAUCCGGAGGUGAUAAGAUUUAGUUAGUAUGGGGAAGCCGAGAAUGAUUUACAUUAUUUUUAUUUAUCUCUCUAGUGCCUCUUGAGUUAAAUUAAAAUUCAACAUAUUCAAAAGAGGCUAGAUUUUAAAGUGACUUACAAAGAGGAUCCUAAUAGUAUUAUUUCAUUAUUUCAGAUAAUCUUCGUCUGAUUAAUUCUACUGCUCAUUAUUGGCCCCUAAAUCGUCUUACCGGCCUGACUGAUUUAAAAACCAACCUUACUGGAGUCAAACAUGGUAAAAUCGAGAACGUUCUUUACAGAGGGCCUGGAAACGGCUUUUUGUAUACGAACGGAAGAGCCUGGGUUGACCUUGGAAACUUUACAGGUUCCUGCAUUGCGGAACCUUCAAGAUGCAGAGAGGCCUUAACAGUUUUUCUAUGGCUGAAAUAUUACCCAAAUAGGAACAAGAGAUAUUUCGUGGGAACCUCGAGUCACCUGACAUACUCAGAGGGUUUUACAAUAUAUAAGGAAUCAGAUGACAUAGCGAACAACACCAUUGUCCUUAAAGUUAACGAUGGGCAAAGAGAAUGGAAUGGGUCUUUAACCCUUAAACCAAAAGUAUGGUCGCACGUGAUGUUCACGUGGGAGCCAAAAUCGGGACUGGCGAUAUUUCAGAACUGCAACCAGAUUGCCCUGGCCUCACCAAGUAAGGUUGAAACGUCAAGGAGAAACAACCGAUCAAAUGUCUUAGAACACCAUUUGAGUUUGUCCGGGGCACAGAUGAGCCAUCCUGGUGUUGGUGCUCGAGCUACGUACGAAGAUCUAGCAGUGCUUUAUCGAAAGAUGACGUCUUAUGAGCGAAAAUGGGUUUGCCGUCAUAAGUUAGGUUGGUAUAUCUAAUAGGAGCGCAAAGGGAAAGUUUAUCAAUAGUGUUGACCAUGAAGGAGGAGAGUUGCAAAAACAUGCUUUACAUAGGCUUUUGACUCAUGUAAAGUCAUCUGGAAUUUCUGCAUUUUUCAAUGUGUAUACAACAGUACAAAGCGAACUUCUUCGGCUUGGUGAGAAAUCUGAACGAUUUUGUUAAUCGAUUCAUUCUAAGUCUAAUUGGACGAUCAAAUAGUGAAACUCAGUUGAUUAAACCAAACGACUUGUGAAUAGUUGACGCCAGAGAUGUCUGAUGUGCAAAUCUGUAGUUGUUUUUAUUAUAAUCAUUUGAUGGCAAUCAUAAUCUUCGCUGACUUGUGGUGUGCGCUGUUUUUUUCUUAGUUUCUUAGUUUUCCCCCCUUCUUUAUUCAUCAUUCGUCUUUUAUUCUGUUUAAGAACUUGUAAUAUUGCUCAGUGCUAUUGACCCUUCAGACUUUUUUUUUCUUAACAGAAGCUCCAAAACUUAACUCCAGUUGUAAAGGUUCCAUGAGAUGGCUGUCAAUCAGAUGGACUCCUCCUCCGAUGACGUAUGACAUACUAACGGGGUACAAUGUAUGGCGGUGGAACAAGUUGUUAAACUGGACAAAGUUUAUCUCAGGGACCGAGAAACUAACGCUAAAUUUCACUGAUCUUGGUAACUCCCACUGUAAUAUAAAGUUAGGUAGAGGUGCUCCCCUAGGUUGCUCUGUUUUCAAACUUUGAGAAAGUGCUAAUGAGGUCGGUCUUUCUAAAAUUACCUUUAAUUUUCAAAGAGGAAUUCUUUCUUUCAGAUCACGUACUUGUCUGAGUGAUUGCCUUACUCUACACUUACUCGAAAGCUACAAUUUUGAUUCCUUCUGGGAAUAAAAAUUGUUUUUAUGACUAACGAACAACUGGAAAUCAGAGCGUUCGUGAGCUUUCAAACACAUCUGCAUAAAUUAUUCUUGAUAUAAAAAUGAGCCGACCUAUAUUUUAUCCGUAUCAAGUCUAGUCAGUCUAGUCAACGUAAUAUUUCCUAUUUUUAGACCCCGGAUCGUUGUACAAAUUUCGCAUUCAGAAUGCUUUACGUAUGGCUGUUGGAGCAUCAAGCGAGAUAGUUGAGUGCUGGACCAAAAGAGAAGGUGAGUGAAAAAGAUAGAACCACCAUCUUUUUCCGAAACAUAACGUCGAAUAUACAAAUAUUUAAGAAGGAAAAAAGAACAAAAAACAAAAAAAGAAAUAAAAGUCAAAUUUCGCAAAAGUUGUUCAGUUGCCUGAGUCUCUAGGUAAAUACAUUAAUCUGUGGAAUAUUUACUUUAGUUUCCUUUAUCCUAGUAUAUGGAGUUGUACAUUUUCAUAUUAAUCGUUUGUUUUUCACACAGCAGGAUUUUUUGAGUUUACGUUACUAUUUCUUUAAUCAGUUUUAGGCCAUCCUCUAAACCUCACUGUGGAGAUGAAGUCACACGUUAAUGUCUUACUAAAAUGGACAGCGCCCUUAGAAAGUUAUAAGGAUAUCAAGGGAUAUAAGGUACACUAUUAAAUGAAAUACCUUCAUCUAGAUCUGUAACACAAAAAUUGUCGCGCUGCAGAAAGUGGCCAUCAUCUUGAUUGUGAUUUAACACCAUACUGGUGUCAGAUAGUUUGGAUAAACUUCCCAUUGCAGCAUUAUUACACGAAAUUUUUAUAUUUCAGAUCAGGUACAACGAGGUAGAGUCCAACGAAGAACCCACAGAAAUCAAGGCGGGGUCCUCAACAUCAUUUCUCCUUACUGGACUGCGUAUGAACACAAAGUACAUGGUGCAAGUGGAAAGUUAUGGCGAUAAAAGUUUUCUUGACAGUGUUCCUGCAGUGAUAACAGUAGGGACAGAAUAUGAUGGUAAGCGUAGUUUUUGGAUCAGGGAGGUCGACUCAUCGUUAGCUAGAUUCUCAAGGCUCUUAUUAAUACUCGGAGAAGGUCAGUUGAGGCACCUCGAUGAUUUUGUUUAACGUGAUUUCAUUCACCUCUCAUACUUUAGAAAGUAUGUUUGUUUUAGAGCAAUAGAGUCAAUAACGCUUUAUAUUUCAUAAGUGUUCAGUUUUAUGACCAAAGCUAUGCAUUUCUGUAAAACACAGUUUAAUCAUGUUACAUCAAAUAACCUGAUAGAAGACUUUGAAGAUAUUUAAAAUUGGAAAAGACUCCCUAUUUUUCUGUUUACCCUUAAGAUAAAUCUUCGGUCAAGGAUAAGCUUUUACAAGUGGAUGGAUCCCAAGCUCUUCGGGUUACAUGGAAAAGACCACGUGAAAAAUACAAGGUGUUUUUCUACCGAGCAUUCGUUAAGUGGGAGGAUCUUGAAGGAAUAAAGCACGUCCGCGAGGUGUAUGAUGGGAAUGUUACCUCAUGUGCUUAUUCAAUUAAGGAUAUUCCAAAUAGUCACAACAUGUAUAUCAUGGCGUACGUGGUGCGGCGUAUCGCUCUUGAGCCAAUCAUCGGUAAGUGUACUGACACUGUGUUACCAUAAAUCUCUCAGUUUUCAUCACAUUAAAAAGCUGUGAAGCGCACGGCAAACGAGGUACAGGUUUUCCUUAAGUAAGCUCUGGGAUUGGUCUAAGGAAAAGAGUCAGAGCACUGCAAAACCACUUAAACACGGGUAAAGCGCAUUUUUUCCGCACUUAAAAAUCAGUGAUGUGAACUGCUUUGACAUUUCAUUGCUUUUCCAUUUGUCAAAAAGCAGAGCGAAGAUAACAGUGAAGCAAAGCUGACAUGCGUCUUUCAGAUUUUGCAGAUUUGUGAUUAGCUGUUUUAUCUAAGUCCUGUAUCUUUCUCAUUGAGCAUUUAGCCUCUGCUCGUAUUCACACUUUUGAGAAUACAUCAGGGAAGGAUAACCUCAAUAGCGGAAAUUUCAGAUUUCUAUUCAUUUUCUGUUAAUCAAUUUUUAUUCUAAGAUUCACCGAUGGACGUAAGCAUCAUCUCUAGAAGCUGGUCUCAUGUGGUGUUAAACUGGAGCUCACCCUUCUACGGCAGAAGCGUCGACUUUGCUGAUUCAUAUCGCCUGACCAUCAGGUCAAAGAAAGACAAGAUUUCCAUCUUAACCAGUGAGACGCACGCUCGCAUCGAUGGCCUGAAACAGCUGACCAAAUAUUUGUUAAACGUGCAGGCUUGGAACGAACUAGGUUUUGGACCGUCUCUGCCCGAAGAUAUAAGCUUUAGAACGCCAGGUAGAUAAAGUACGGCGUCACUAAAACUCCCCUUGUGUCUCAUAAUCCCUAAAUGAGCACUUGUAUUUCCUUUAUGGAAAUGAACUCCUAUCCCUCUUGCUAUCUUAGGGCAUUUGGUAUAAGAUUAUGACUAUUAAGGCAGUUUAACAGUCUGGUAAUUUGAUUUGUCGGGUUUCUGGACAAAACAUCUUACUCUUACAAAGGGCCUGGAUUACAUGAUUGAGUAGCGUGUCAUGUUAGACUUGCGAUGGAGGUGUUCACAUAUUUCAUUUCUUUUCACUGGUACAGACCACGACGAGUGCGUAGAUGAUACUCACAUAUGUCACGUGAAAGCCACCUGCAUCAAUACUGAAGGAUCGUACUCAUGUGAGUGUCAGCCUGGUUACAUUGGCACAGGAAGAAAUUGUGAAGGUGGGCUGUAAAUAUAGCAAGUAUCUGUAGUGUUUUAGGCCGGCGGUAUCUCAUUUCAGGGCAUAAACGGGAAUUUUGUGACAGUCAUAGGGAGCCGUAAAAGCGAACGAGGUUGUACUAUGUGUUUUGGGUCAAAUAGGCUAUUUAAAGCCAUGUGGUAUGCCUCUGUGGCCUACAACACCGCAGUACCUAAAUGUUAGCACAUUCAAUGAUCUACAGUGGCUUAGGUUGGAUUUUCAGAGGCGAUCUUCACCAGCAUCUCACUGAUAUAGGGAGCACAUAGGGUUGUUUCACUUCUAUUGUAAAUCAUCAUCAGGUUUUCGGAGCAAAGAGCAGGUGUCACACGCACCCUCUAACAACCCUCAGUUCCGACGAAUUCAGCAGCAAAUCAGUGUGAAUAAAUGUAGAAAAUUUACGCGGUGGAAUACACAUAAUUGUAUGACAAGACAAGAAGGGUCCACAUCCUUGCAGUUGAGGAUUGCUUUUAAUGCUAAGUAUACAUUGUUUAGAAAUCCCGGAAGGGUUAGGCGACGAGUCCUUCUGUCCUAAAGAAAAUUUCGUUGGCAUUGAAUGGAGGAGAACAAUGGUCGACCGUGAAGACGAGGCGGCUUGCCCUGAAGGGACAGUCGGUAAGUCAACUCUUGUCAUAAGCAUGUGGCUAAAUACGUUUAUUGCUUGCUAAUUAGCACGAUUAAUGUUGAGAUACCCUCCAUUAAUUUUCAGGCGUGGCCUUGCGGCGCUGCACUGGAACUCCCGCGGUCUGGCAACUACCUAAUCUUGGUGAUUGUGUUUCAAAGUGGAUGUCAGACAUCAGUAAACAGGUAUGGAACCAUGUUUUUGCUUUUCGUGCUUUUACACUGUUUAUGGUUAAAUCGAAUUGAAUUUACUUUGUUUUUUUGCACGACGUUUUUUCAACAGUAACCUUUUCAUGUAUGUGUGAUCUACUUUCUUUUGACUGUACGCGUAAAUGUGUAUUUUCAGCUAAACAAUCCAAACGUCAGUGUAUCUUUGUUAGCCAGUCAGCUUUCAAGCUUGACUGACAUCAAGUCUGGAAAACCAUUGUAUGCUGGCGACCUGAAGUUACUGGUCGAUGUCAUCGGCGUGUUAUCAGAGAGAGGGAUGAGAGUUGAGAAGAACGAAAGUGCAGAGGCUUCAGAGACAUUCGUUAAGGUUAGCUUGUUUAUUUGUUAACAUCACUGAGUUUUUCCCUCUUUUCCUUUGUCAUGUUACUAACUUCCAAGCGAAGUCUAUAUCCAUUUGCCAGCUUUUACUCCGAGGAAAGGUGAUAUUUUUUGCUCCAAAGCAUGCAACUUAAAAUGAUACCAGUACUAUAAACAAUCAAAAACCAACAAUAGUUAAUUCCAUUUGAAUUAUAACCUGAUGUAAUGUUCUUUUAAUUGAAAUUGUUGUUAGGGAGAAUUUAUAAAAAUAUGUUUGAUGUGCCAGCAAAAAACACUUUCCCUUUUUCAGGAUGUCGUUGGAACUGCAAGCAACAUUAUACAUGACAAAAACCUUUUGUCUUGGCAGUACAUGCCAAAGGUAACUUGAUAUAUAUGAUCAGAAGUUUCUCUUAAACUUUGACAUAUUUUUUUCCACCGACGAAGUGAAUUGCCUUCAACAUAUACUGAAAAGGUAUUGUAUCUUUACAAUCUUACAGGAUUCCCAAACAGAGAAGGCAAGUUCACUGAUUGAUAAUUUAGAUAUGGUAGCUUUGGAUAUGGCCAACACUUCGCAAAGUAAAUCAGCUGAUACGGAAAAUGUUGGUACGUAGCAUUAAGUAGUAGCCUUUAUUACCUCGUUCUUUCUACUUUUGCCCUUUCUUAAGCUACUAUUGACAGGUGUCCUUUUCACAUUAUGAAGCCCACUAACGUACCAGUGUAGGGCCAAUCAGGUGAAAGCGAUUUAUCUGUAAAUCUUAGAAAAAGAGGGGCUUUCAUGGGAUGCUUUGGUGAAAAUUUUUAUCAAGCUGACGUGAAUUCUACGUCUUAAUUUCCCUACAGUGAUUAGCGUGGAGUCGUUACAGAAUGUUGGAAGGAAAAAAGCUCUUGUUAUGUCACAACAAGCGGAGGAAGGAGACGAAACCUCAAUGAAUGCUGUCUCUUUUCCGAUAUCUUGGCUAAUGGGAGAUUCUUCAUUUGGUAAGGACCCAUGCCAUUUUAAGUCUUGAGCCUUGAAAAGUCCUCAAACUAUAGCAGAAGGAAUAGGCAUCGGUGAGCUUUGCUCCACUCAGCGCUAAGGGUCUAAAUGAGUGAGUUACUAUCAGAUUUUAGUCCGUGAUGGGCGAGAUAUCCUAAGAUUGCAAACACUCAAACUACAAUCCCUUCUUUAAGACUACCUCUUUGUUCGAUUGCUCGUUACGGGUGAUUUCGUUAUCAACUGAGAUUUCAUAACUACUCAUUUAUCUGUUGGUCAUGAGAAUUAAAGUCUACUGAUAUAAGAUGUAAUGAUCUGAAGACCAACUGUUGCUUUUGUUGAUCAAAAACUAAAAAAACCUGUUUCUUUUUCACAGAUCCUAGGCCUGGUUUUGCCACGCUUGUUUCCUUCAAAACCCUUGGAUCUUUGCUGACACCAAGGGGAAAGCAGAGGUAAACUUAGUGCAAUAUUUCUCGUUAGCUGAUUAAGUUUUUAGGUCCACGUGUCUAGGAUUUUUUCAAACUUAGCAUUCUUGACUUAGAUCAUGAUUAUUCGUGUGAAGAAGUACUGCUUAAGACUUUCAUCUAACAAAGUCACCAUCGAUCGCAAGGACGCGUUUCUAUCACAGGCUAGAAAGCAAUCAAGAACAUACACUGGUACAAAACACAGCAUAAUCAUGAUGGAAAGUAAGGAUGGCAUUCUGCCCAGUAAAAACGAAUUCUUGCCUCGCUCGCUGGCUUGAAUCUCGCAGGCUUCGCCGUUCGUGCUGCAGCGCUAAUGAGAACCUUCUCGUCGUCUUUCCAUAGACUUACAGAAGAGGAUAUGUAUACUAUUUGGUUAUUUUCAGCUCAAUUCAAGAAGCACUUCCAUUCUAAGAAGAACUGCUCAUAGAGCUUAAGUUAAAUUGCUCUUAAGUUUAAUACACCGCCAGGCUUCUAAGUGCAAGACCUGUCAUUUUAAAGUUUGAAACUUAAAGUGACAGUUUAGAAAUAAUUUUUUGCUCUGUAUAUUUGAAUCGCAGUAGACAGACUGACCAGAUGACAAAUCACCCUUUUAUAACCUCUGCCGUCGUAUCUGUAAAUCUUCGUCCACUUGCUAACAAAACGUUCAAGGAUCCUGUGAUGAUAAUGUUGGGUCACUCUGUGGUAGGUUCCACAACACUUGUCUUUUCAAAUAAAGUGAUAUUUGCGUAUCAAUUAACAAAACAUACUUUUCUCAAAAUUAUACCAAGCUCAUCGUAAGCCCAUAGGAGGUUCUUCAUAGGAAGUCAAAGAAAAAGUAUGGAGAGUGAUGCAUCACCCGUUUAAACUAAGAUUCUUUAUUCCUCUUUGUAAUCUUUGCAUCUUUUAUAUAGGACGUCGAGGGGAGAAAGAAUGAACCAUCAUGUGUAUUUUUGGAGACACACAAGUAAAUAAUUUGUUUUUAUUUAUGAUUCUUUAAUCGUCAUGUUAUUUCAUUUAUAAGUUUGGUCGACUGUCAGCCUAGUGUCAAUGCUUUUUCGAUUCAUAACUUCGUGAGGUCGUUAGCCCUACUUACGUAACAAAAGAGGAAAAGGAUACUAUGCUAGAUAGAUUAAGAUACGACCUUAUUUCCUUUGCCAAAGUUAUUUCUAGAUAGUCAAUCCCUUAGCUAAAAGAGCAAACAGGAAAAUACCACGUGCCGUGUUCCCUUUUAAAAAUAAAAGAAUCGUUUGAUGGCGAUCCUUCCUGACUAAGUUUUCAAUGUUUGUUUGUUUUGUUUUUCAAGAAAUAUUAGCUGGUCUGACGCUGGAUGUGAAGUAAAUUCUACAAACGCGACCCAUACCGUUUGUCAUUGUUAUCAUCUCACAAGCUUUGCUGUCUUGAUGAGUGUCAAAGAGGACGUUUCAUCUAGUAUAUCGGUAAGAUUGUGAUGGAAGAUAAAAAAUGCAGGAUUUGAGCCGUUUUAAAAAUCGCCCAUGUCGACAAAGCAAUCAUAUUUUACUGGGACCUUAAAUUUUUGUUUGUCUUGUAGAGACCUCAUCAGCUUGCGUUAACACUUAUAACUUAUGUUGGAGUGAGCAUAUCUGUCGUGGCAUUAUGCUUGGCGUUCCUGACGUUCUCCUUCUUCAGGUAACUGCGUUAUCCGUCCAGUAUCAUAUUAUGUAUAAAACAAAUGGUCCAGUGAAACCUUUACUUUGGGACACCGCUACUCAGGCGAUACCUGAGUUUAGAGCGCACAGACUUUGAUCCCAACAGAAAAGUGCUCGCAUGACGUUUCUCUCUACUACCUUCAGUGGAGGAAAAACCCUAUUAGAAGGACAGAAAAUUUGGUCCACGUUGAGACAAAUACUACUGUAACAUUUGCGUCUGGUAUCUCUGUUGAAGGGAUACGUCUUUUGAAGGAACAUCCUUCUGUUCCCAAGAGAGUCCCUGGAAUAUAGUUUGCAUUGUAGCACUUUUGCUGAAAUUUUGUUUCGUUCAUGGUCACAUGCAUCAGUUACAUCAGAUCGAAGGAAAAAGGGAAUUUGUGAAUUCUUGAAUCUGAUAAUUUUCUGACUAACUCUGUUAGUAACAUUGUACUUAAACGGUAAUACCGUGUACAGGUUUUCCAAAUCUGCCCGUACGUUUAUUCACAAGAACUUGUCGGUUGCUCUGAUCUUGGCGCAGUUGCUGUUUUUGUUUGGUAUCAACAAAACUAAAAACGAGGUUAGUCCGUCAUAGGAAAUAUAACUAAAUAUUGUCCAUGAGUUGUGAUUGUUAUAGCCUUGUACAGUUGUUAAACACAGGUGAUGGAAAUCUCAGCGCAUUUAUUAUAGGUCAUUAAUUUUUUAACUUUUAUCGAGCGCAUUGCCAUUGCCAACACUUUAAAAAUUUAAGGUAGAGUAAGAAAGAGAGCGGGUAUGUUUCUCCACGGUUUUGGAGAAAACAAGAAGGCCAAACAUUCAUAAAAAUUACUCCGCUUAGUUUAGCCCCUGAUGAAUCAAGUAACACAGGUUUCGUAGAUAAAGUAGAUAAAUUACAAAGUUAGUGAACUAAUACCGAAUUCUUAAAGACACUUAUUUGAAAAUUGUCACAGUUUUCAGCAUGAAAUGACGGCUUCUUAUUCAUCUAUUUCAGUGGGUGUGUAGAGGAAUUGCCAUAGCUUUGCAUUAUUUCUUCUUGGUGGCUUUUGCUUGGAUGGCACUAGAAGGAGUUAUGCUCUAUCUGAUGCUUGUAAAAGUCUUUCACACAAAAACUGCACCAACAAAGAGCAAAAAGAUUUUCUUUGUCGUUGGAUGGGGUAAGAACAAAAGUUUAUAUCCUUAUUUUAGCUUUUUUUUAAAGAGCGUGUUGCUGAGUAAAAGAAGUGAAGUAAUCUGUGCUUAUUUUCCCGUUUCUCUUAUUCAGGUUUACCAGUAGUGAUAGUUGCGACUUCUGGAGUCAUGUUUCUUGAGGGAUAUGGUACUCCCGCCUAGUGAGUAGUAAUAUUGUUAUCAAUAAUAAAAUUGAAAAAUAUGGAUAAUAUACACAGACAGAUGUACUAUAAGCUCGAAACAAAAAGGAAAAGCAGUCAUACUAUUUCAGUUUGAGUCUUUCGUCCAUCGCUCCUCGAGCUGUUACAGGAAUUAAAAUAAAGGAAAGGAGAUUCAUCAAUUGAAUAAUUGAUUUACUAUAUAUAACUAUCAUUCAUUAACUAAUGGAUGACUUUUUUCGGUCUCUGUAGCUGUUGGCUUUCUCUUGAGCGUGGUUUCAUUUGGUCGUUCGUUGGACCAGUUUUAUUGGUACUUGCGGUAAGACGGUUGAAUAUCAUGUCUUUUUCUUUACUUAGCUGUAUGAAAAGCACAAAAGCUUCGAGAAGUAAAGAAUAAGUUUAUUUCGAUACUUUGAAAACCCGAAUUUUAUUUACUGGUUUAAAUGCAAAAACGGAACAUGUAUGGGUAAUAUCUUCGACGAGCUGUUCUUCCUCUUAAGCGCUGAUUACUGAUCUCUGAAUUUUUCAUGGACUAUGAAUUUCCAGAAAGUCUCCAGAAUUUGUUCUAUAGUAGUAACAAAUGGCGUUGCCUAAGACGAUUUUAAACACUCUCAUACUCCGCAGUUCAACUUCGUAUGUUUGGGGAUUACUUUUCAUGUGAUGGCCAAGUCUGGACCAUCAAGUAACAGGAAAAGAACAGGAAGGAUACGGUGAGAACAGAAGUUUUCUGACACAAAAGCAAAUAUAAAAAAGUGACACAACUCUGCUCAAUGCCCUGUGCGAGUCUCCUAUGGUGUCAGUUACCAAAAGUUGUUUCUGUUUUGUCUUUAUUUCAGGCGUUGGUCAAAAGCAUGCAUGCUCUUAACUUGUAUUCUUGGUCUUUCAUGGAUGUUUGGAGUGUUCUAUAUCAAUCAAGAAUCACUUUUUAUGGCCUAUUUUUUCACCAUAUUUAACACACUUCAGGUAAAGUAUGUGAAAUCUUUCGUCGUCUUUGAUUGCUGAGUAUUGGCCUUGAACACGAGAAGGAGGAGAUACACUCUCAAAAAACCUAAUAUAGUAAUUAGCUCAUAGUCUUAUUGUCAAUGAUCAAAUUUUUUGUAUUCCCUGUAGGGUUUAUUCAUCUUUUUAUUUCACUGCGUUGGAGAUGAAAAGGUAAGAAAUCAGUGAGUCCUCCUCAGGAGAUUUUGCUUCGGUAUCAUUUCACGUUUUCAGUCAAAGAGUCAGGGCAGUCAGUUCAUCAGGCAGCUGGUCAGUCAGUCAGUCAGUCAGUGAGUCCGUCAGCUCACUCACCAACUCGUCAUUUAGUCAGUCGCAGUGGAAUCUAGUUUUCCAGUUGGACUGUCGGUUACUACUGAAACCUUACAUCCCUGUAAGUUUAUUUUAAAGCUGUAAACGCCGGGAAACAAUUUUGUACCACAAAGAAUGUACUUACUUCCAAGAUGCCCGUUCCUUUCAAACUGGCAGGUUCGCCGUGAGUAUCGUCGAGUGCUAUGUUGUCAUGAAGAAGACAAACGCUACUUGUUAACGAAACCAUCAAGCUCCGAAUCCAGCAAAUCAAACUCUCAUUCCAAAUCAAAGAGGGGCCAUGUUGACAACUUCAAGGGAAAAAAUCAAACAAUGAGCGAUUCAGCUGACUCACUAGUAAGUAAUUAAAGCAACAAAACAACAGUUGAUGCUAUUGCUUAGCAAUUCUCUUUAGACAUACAUUGGUUUACGGCCUGCAUAAAGUAUAAAAACUGCCUGCAGUCUCUUUCUUUUCCCUCAUCUUAACAAAAUCGGCAAAACGCUCUGAGGGCAAGGGAGAAUUAAUUUUUUGAUGACAUAAAGUACUUGGCAAGCACAGAUUUUGAUACAUGCAACACCCACGUUCCGAAUAAAGCAGUUGCAAAUCACAUUAAGAAUAAAUUCGAAGCUGCACAGCUGUGGGCUCCACGACUGACAAUCUUAAAAGAGAUUUUUUUUUCCUUGCAGGGUACUAUAGAGAGCAAAAGGAAUACGUUUGUUAUGCAUGUCACAAGUAAGACAGUCUAAUUCACGCACGAUUUUUUAAAUUACAUCCGAACUAGUUUUUAACUGAGGUCGAUUUCGAAGGCAAUUAAAUCCACCUAAACAUAGUUUUCACUUAAUUUGUCACUGCAAAAGUAUUUGAUAUGUACUCAUUUUACAGAAAUUGAUAUCGAAAUGACACUAUUCGUAUAUCUCUGACGGCUUACGGUCGUGUUGAGCUGCUCAAGCUACGCCCAAAAGAAAUGUUACCGAAUAAGGACGAUACCCAUAAUCUGUUUGCAAAACCUGAUGUGAAGGCGAGAUGAUUUAGAACAAAUGAUCUUACUAAACGAAACCACUUUUCAGAUGGGCAAGUGCGCGUGCGUGGAGUUUCAACCGGUGAACAAAGUAGGAGUCUUGUAAGAAACUUGCGUCUGAGUGGAGAAAGUGAAUCGAGUUCAGAAAAACCGACAAAUCAUGAUCAGGUAAGAAGUAGAACGCUUAGUUAUGAAUAAAGUUAUGUCGGUGCUUCCCUGCUAUGCAAAGUGGCUUUUGAUUGAGCGUCAAAAUGCGUCAGGCUGUUCUUUACCACACUCUCUGAUUGGUUAAAAAAAGUAGCUCUUUCCGGCCAACCAAUGAGCAGCCGAGGAAAAGCAGUCACGAGUUGACCACUCGCAUUUUCCCGCUCUUUAAACGGGUUAGGUUCAAUACUCAGUCCCUUUGGCAUGGCUUAUUAUGAUGUAACUCAAAAUAGUGUGAUUUUUAGUUUAUUUUUGGUUUUACGACGCAAAUGUACCAAAAUGACACAGUUCUGGCUCUUGCGAAGUCUAUCUAUCAAAUUUAUGGAGAGCAGUUACCAAACAUUAAAGAACUCUUUUCGAUCAGUUGAGAAAAUUGGGCAAGGAGAGGAUUUCUGAUGGCUAAAAACUCACCUAUUUAUCGUGAUUAAUAAAAUGGCAAUGAACCAUUAUCAGUUGUGUCUCGAUGUAGCCGCUCUCGAAGCGGUCUCAUCAAUCCACAUCGAAAGUGACUACAUUGCAGACAAACGACUACAGUUCAUCAACUGGAGUCUUAAUAACUUGGAUUCGUCCUCUCUUCCACAGCAUCAUGACAGCAAUAGAAACUCAACAGCGUCAGCAGCCAGUGAGGCAUCAGAAAAUGCGCGACAAAGCGAUAAAGAUGGGCAAGAACAUUAACAGGACACAAGUAAUGGGAACAAGUAGUAUUACUAUGCCUUUUAUGUACAGAUCAUUGCCCUUACUCUCAAAAGCCUGAUGCACGAAACCGCCACAUGAAGCUGCAGUCCUGCCUCCUCGAAGUAGGUUCCCGAUCAAACCUGUUUCCGAAUUUAAAAUGAGAAUUUUCGGACGACAGGCACGUUGUUUCUGAGAAAUGCAAUCAAAAUGUAACUGACGUAAUACUUUGAUUAGAAAAAAUCUGUCCAAAAAAUUGAUUUCUUUUAUCAAAAAUGGUAAAUAUAAAAAAUCGUUCUAAAUCAUAUAUUUUCUUAAAAGAUUUGGCGGAAGCUUGGUAAAAUUCUUUUGCUGUCAUAAAAAAAAAGAACAGCAAGGGAAGAAGGGAUGGGGAUGCAGUGUGAAUAUGAAAACGAGGCUCUAAGACAGUUUAGACGC